AUGGCAGCAGUAAUCAAUAAUCAGCCUUCUAAAUCUUAUGACUUCAGCAGCAUCUUUAUGAAUCAGCAGGACAUCAAAUCGUCCUUUAGAAAUCUCUAACUGCAGCAAGACAGAUUCGAGAAGAACCUGCAUAAAUCUCACGACAAGUACUUCAAGACGCUUAUUAAGGAGAAAAAAAAGAAAGAUGAUAAUAUGAUAACAAGUGAGAACUUUAAUGGCUUUAGCAAUAACUACAGUGGUGCUGACAACAAGAACAUUUUGACUAACUCAAAGAUCGCCAAGAAUCACUCGAUUGAGUACAUGAAUUAAAAGGAUAACAACUUUGAGGGAAAUGUGCUCAUUGAAAACCAGCUGACAUUUAUAGAAGUUGAUGACUUCAAGAAGCAUAAACUAUAGCAGCAGUUGCAAUUUCAGCUACAGUUGCAUUAAUUCAUGAAACGAAAACUUCCAGGGAAUCUAAAUGAAAAGAAUAAUGAUACAAGCAGUCCAUUCAAAGGAAGAGCUUCAAUAGUGCAUCAUAGUGGAGGUCUAAACAUCGCUAAUGCGUUUUCAGGAAUGGACGAAGUAACAUAUAUGAUGAAGUUUAAAGAAUAGAUACUUGAGCCUGAAGAAAGAGCACUAUUCAUCAGAGAAGACUACAACUCAGAGGAAUUACAUAUUGCGAGAGAUUUGCUAUGCGAUUAGAAAAAUGAUUUGAGGAGCGUUAAAAUUCACGAGUUUAGAAGGUAUAUGCGCAAUGAUUAGAUCCUUGAGCAUACUGCCAGAUACCUUUAUGAUUCUAUUCUGUUUAAAGAGCAAUCAGAUUUCAGUUUGAAUAACAGUAUUCUUUCAAGAAAUCAGCAUUUUCAAACCAACAUGAAUGAGAUAAAGGAUCUACUGAAAACUAUGGAUAAGUACCUCUUUGUAAUGUUUCGCAAUCAAGAGAUCACACUUGAUUAAUUGAAGGCUAGACUUGCUGAGAAAAAUCUUGGGGUUAAGUAUACAGUGUUAGAUGACUUGAGGGAUACUCUUUAGCCUGAGAUAUUGGAAGGAGUCUCUGACGAAGUUUUUCAUAAGCUUUAUAAAACAGAAAAGGACUUGGAUGGGAAAAUUAUUGUCCCUCUAAAGGAGAUGCAAAAAGACUUGCAGCCAUGGUAAACAGAUAAUCAUUGUCUAAGAUCGCUGUUUUAUGAGAAAAAGAAGGACUUCGUGCCUGUUAACUUUAGUUUAGCCUCAUAAUCUCCAUUGAAAAAGCACAGUAUUUUAGAAGCUAAAAAGAGAAAUGAGGAUAGUAGGGUUCAAAGAAGAAAUGAUUAAAGCCGAAUAAGAGACAAUAAAAGUUAAAAUGACAAUACAUCUAAGACUAGGAUGCAAACAAAUUAAGUAGUCAUAAAAUCGAGAAAUAAAAAUGAGGACUUUAAGAAAAACAAUACUACUAAUAAUGUUCUUAUGAACUAAACUCAAGGGAGCACAUAAAGUCAUAGUAGUGCUUAAAAAGGUGUUACUAUAAGAAGUCCUGCUAAGUUUCAAGGAAGAGACUAUAAGUAAUUUCUCAGUCAAAUGACAAAAAAGAUUAAGAUAGAACUAAAGAAAGAAGUUAGUGAUAGGGAUAAUAGAUAAAAGAGAGAAAUUCUGAAAGAGUAUUAAAGCACUACUCUGGAAAAUUACUAGCCAAACCUUAUUGAUUAAGUUCUCAAUUAGCAUUCUUAAUCUAUCUCACCCUCAAAACUCAAAAACUUCAACUCUGACAUAAAUCAAAGCAAUAAGAAGUCUUAUGCCAUCAAAUCCAUAAGAGACAAACUUAACCAGGAAGGCUAGAGAGUUUAAGGUAUGCUAUUCUUAAAAUAACUAGAGCUUGAAGGAAAGGGCCAAGUUGUGUGGGAGAAGUCUACACUUAAAAUUAUGAGAUAAAUUGAGGAGGAAAAGCAUAAGAUGGAGCAUACCGACUAUGAAAAAGCUCUCAAACCUCGAAAGCCAAGACCAAAGGAACUAAUCAGAAGUUCUCCAUAAAAAUAGAAUAAAACAUAUGCAGUUGUAAAACGUACCACAGACUCUUAAGGAAAUAGGGAAUCAUCAAGAGAAUCUCAAGCUAACAUAUCAAGCUAGGACAUCUCUGUUUCACCUAUUAAAUAACUAGGGGGAAAGUCUCAUUCUCUAAUAAAAAUUGAAGAAGAGUCAAUCUCAUAAGGUGAACGCACUAAUAUACCAUCAAAGUUAAAGAUCCAUGCCCAUAUCAUUCAUAAUAAAUCUCAAAUGAGGAACGAAACUAUGGAAAUCUAUGAAAGCAGCCAUAGUACUUUACUAGCUGAUCAAUCGAAUAAAAUUCUUCUCUAGCGCAAAAAUCAGCAAUAAAAUUACAAUAGCUAGCCUUUGAACUAGAAUAAUUACAUGAUAAAUAGUCAAUAUAUUAAGAACCAAAAUGAUAACAGCACUGGCAAAGAUAGUUACAAUUUCAUGGAAACAGGAGCCUCUACUAGUAAGCUGGUCAAGGAUGGUGGCAAAUUUCACAUAUACAAUACCUAGGUAAGUCUAUUAAAUAAUCGAAAUGAGAAGAAUUUGACUACUGCUACUAGCAUAACCAAUGAUGAACAUCUAAUAUCUAACAUAAACUCAAACAGGUCAUUGCUAUUAAGAAAUCCUCCUAAGAACUAUUAACCAAUAAAUCAAUCUCUUAAUCAUAGCAACACCUAUAAUUAGUAGAGUGCUGGAUUAAACAUGCUAAACAAUUCAAGUAAUAAUUGCCUCAGAUACUCAAGCAACUACUCUUUUACUAAUGAUUAAGAUAGCUAUCCGAACCUAAAAAAUGCAUUCCCGCUAAGAAAUCAGAGUUAAAACUAGCUUAAAAAAGGCUAGAAUAUUUUCAAAUAAAAAGCCUUUUAAAAAAAUGCAAAUAUAUUAGUAGAUCGAAAGCCUUAAACUGCUGAGGAGGGGUAUAGGAACCCACAUAGGUAGAAUAGAAAUCUGAAGGAAUUUCGUAUAACCUAGAGACUUGCUGAUGUUCUAGUCUCUAAUGACAUUCCAUUGUAGUUGAAUUAAGAGUAGGACUACAGACAGCAGGAGAUAAAAACAGACUUUAAGCAGCUUAAUCAGCGUCUCAAUCCCAAUGAGACUCAAAAAACUAUCUACUCACAAAAUAGCAAUAAUAAUUUUGACAAAACAGUCUCGACAGGCAGCUUGAAUUUUUAUCAUAUUCCAGUUGCAAAUUUUGAAAAUCAGCAGAUACAAUAAAGACUUGAGCAAUCUUAAUAGAAAAACAGCUAGAAGGAGUUAUUAGAUUAGGAUUAAUAUAACUAGAGAUAAUAUAUUGAUAAAAAUUCUCUUGGAAUUAUAACUGGAUCAGCAGGAAUAGCUAAUGAUUAAAGCAUAAUAAUUGAAAAUUCUGAGAUGAAUGGGUCUGUGGAUGAGGGGUAGCUGAUGAAAAACAAAUUUAUGAUAAGCAGGUUUAAAAGAAAAGAAUUACAAUGCUCACUUAAGAAAAGUAGAUUAUAUUGA